GCAAAAAUGGAGGAUAACAUUAAAGAUCUCAGCCGACCUCAGAUGUAUUUAUUUGGUUGCUCACUGAAAGCUGAUAAGAAAGAGCACAAAGUUGAUUUGGAUGAUGAUGAGGCUGAACAUCAGCUGUCACUCAAGGCGGUGUGUUUGGGAGCUGAGGCCGAGGAUAAAUUCCACACCGUGGAGAUGGAGGGAUUGACCUACGAUGGCAAAACCACCAAAAUCACUCUUGCUGUUCUGAAGCCAUCCGUUCUGCCUUCUCUAAGUCUGGGAGGUUUUGAGGUCACGCCUCCUGUGUCCUUUCGCCUGCGGUCCGGAGGGGGGCCGGUCUACAUCAGCGGUCAGCAUUUUGUCAGCGUGAAGGAAUCGGAUGAUGAGGAUGAGGAAGAGGAGGAGAAUAAUACAUCGCCAGUAAAGAGACCUUCCAAUAUGACCCUCACAAAAGUUCCUCAGAAAAAGCUGAAAAUGGACUCAGAUGAAGACGAGGAUGAGGAUAGUGACGAUGAUGAUGACGACGACGAUGAUGAUGAUGAAGACGACGACGACGAUGAUGAUGACGAUGAUGACGACAAAGAGGUAAAGGCUGUUGAAAAGAGCCCCGUCAAAACCCCUCAAAAAAGAUCAAAGCGGGUGCAUACCUGCUCUGUGAGGACUGAUUCCUGCCCUGAGGAGAGACGACAGACGAGCAUUUCUGUCACACGCUCCACAUCCUUCCCCCCCACCAUCAAUGCUUGCUUCUUUUCUCACAGCUUUUUAAUCUCUCGCUCGCUCGCUCGCUCUUUAGCCAUCUCGACAUCUAUUUACGACCUUUAACUUGUUUGUUCAUUUAGCUGGAAAUAUUGUCUGUGAAGUCUGUUUAUGACUGUCUGUUUAUGACUGUCUGUUUAUGACGUAACACAUUAGGUCUUAGACUGAAAAAAAUGAAAAGUUUAGUUUUCAAGUCAAUUCUUUGAACAGCUUUUUUUUUUAUUUACUCAUCACCCAAGUCACUGAGUAAAGUCACAUGUCUCUUUAAUGUUGAUGUAAAAAAAAAUGUUUUGGGUACGUUAGUAUUGUCUUGUUUGUAAGACAACUUUCAAAACAUAUAGAAAAAGGGCAUAAAUGGAUGGAUGAACAUAGUCUAGGCCUCAAAACUAGACACAGUAAUCUCAAUACAAUACAUUUUAAAAAUGAGCUCUUUACAUCAGUGUACUAAAUAAUGAACAAUAAUUUUAAAACACAGAAAAAAGUCAGCAAACAUCAAAACAAUGCUCCUGUAACAAUAACUGCAUAAUUUAUUCUUGCUGCAAUGCUUUAACAUUUCAACAGCAUGCAGUUCUUCGUUCAGACAACUUUGACUAGUUGGGACAACAUUUGGGGUAAAUUUGCAUUUUUAUGUAAAGUUUAAAUAAAAUAGUUAUAACCAACACUGAUAAAGACUAAUAUUGUAUAUGUGUAUGUAUUGUAUUUCUCACUCCCCAUCCAUAUGUCUUUUUCAUCCUCUUUUACUCGUCUGUUUUCUUUCUGGGGUGUUUAGAGUUAUAAAGCAGUGACGGUGUCCUGUAGUCCCAUCAGGCCAUGACUAGACAGGCUUUGCUAUCUACAAAUUACUGCUCUCUUUCAUCACGGCUCUCUGACAGCCGACUGAAAUAAACAUCUGAGAACAGUAUAGUGUUACAUCACUGAAGAGCGAAGCCAUCACAAUCACUCAAUUCACAAACAUCAUCCGCUGUUAUGAUUCUAACACUGAGCAUGACAGGUGACUCUGUAUUUGACAUGCGUUAAAUAUUUUCUCUGCACAUUUAAACCUGGGAUUGCCUCUUCUCUCUUUCUCUUUGUCCAUUU